UGUAGUAACGAGAUCAGUCUUAGCAGUGAGCAAGAUGGCGACGCCCAGCGAAUUGUCCCUCGACGAGAUUCGGAAAUAUCUAUUGGAAAACGGUGGUACAGCGCGUAAUCACGAUGUCGUCAAGUAUUUCAAAAAAUUUUUAACCGAUCCCGAAACGAGAGUGGAAGCACGAAAUCGAUUCAAGGAGUACGUGAACACUCUGGCCACCAUAAAGAACGAGGAGGGAGAGAAAUAUUUGGUAUUGAAGAAAAAAUAUCGGCAAACGUCGUUGGAUCUUACGUGUUCGGAACAAGUUAAUUCGGCUGAAGGUUCACCUAAUUCACCCUUACGAGAACCUCCACCUUAUCGGUCACCGCCAGCUGCACCCCUCAGCCCCUCCUCUAAUAAUCAUAACAAUCAGGAAGUAAAUUGUGAGAACGAGCCGCGUAGAAAUUUUGAUAGUGACCUUGAAACAGCAAAGAAAAAUAAUUUCAACGAGGUUGGAUCGUCUAGUGCAUCAUCGCCACCGGUACCACCACGUCGAAAGGGUCAGGACAAGAUCAGGAUGGAUAAUAAAGAGAACGUUGAUAGGAACAAGACUGGUACCGAUGGGGUUGUCAAAGAAGAUGAGAUCACUACUGCGAAUCCUGGCUCCGGUGAGGAAUUGAGCUUCCGUGAACGGAUGCAACGUUUCGAUCGGAUGGCCAAUGAAACUGAUCUACAUGGCAGGCCUAACGGUACAACGACACCAACUAAAAAACGUUCUGAAAAGGGUGCUGACGAAGAGGACAGUGCUUCGGUUGCCUGGCAAUUGGAUGGAAAAUCACGAGAAUGGUUGGUGAAAGCUGCUCAAGGAGAUUAUCACGAACUUGCGAAAUUGGCUGCCGAGGAACCACGUCUUACCGGAUUAAAGGAUCCAACAUCCGUCUAUACAGCUUUGCAUUGGGCCGCGAAACAUGGCGACGAGAACAUCGUCAAAAUGAUUGCUGGCACGUACAGGGACUACAUCAAGGACGUGAACGUAACCACGAAUGGGGGUUACACGCCUCUCCAUAUAGCGAUGCAAUUCGAUCACGAAAACGUUUUCAACUUGCUGGUACAAGUAUACGGUGCGAAUCAAGAGAUACGUGAUUACAGUGGUAAGAAAGCCAGACAGUAUUUAGUUUCUCAAGAGGCAGCAGUUAGCCAGGACACCUUCCGCAAAAUAAAAGCAAGGAAAAAGCAUGCAGAGAAAGAUCUUGGUUUCCUACGAAUUGGCUCGUUGAACGUACGCGUGAAACGUACGACGGAAGCAUUCAGCCAGUUUCUGGGUGUGGCAACUAGUAGCAGCAACAGCAACAACAACAAUGAAAAGAUACAUAAGUCUUGGGGUUCGGCGGAUAACGUACAGAAAUUAGAUCAGAAAGUAAUGCCACCGCCGAAAUAUGCGCCAGUUAAAAAACGAAGAAGUAGAAGAACUCAAGAUUUCUCUAGGGGUCAACAACAGCAAGCUGCAAGUCAACCAAAUACGCCAGUACUUCAGGGUAAAGCGACGAACAGACAAAACCAGAUCGGUAAUCGUCGGCCAACUUCAACGUCGUCCGUCAAUUCUGCCAUUCCUACAAAUCAACAAAAUAAUGAUUCCGAUUCUGACACGGCAUGCGGUUUCGAUUCCGCAUGGCGUGGAUCCGCGCAACUCUAAAAAAAAAAA